AUGGCGAGGAAAAGUCCAAGUACGGUCCCUAUCGUGAGAGCAACCUCGGAGGAGGGAUGCGGGGGGGCCACAUCCACUCUCAUCCGCACACACAUUCAACACUGCCCAGAGCCCAUAUGUCAGGACCCAAUCAUGGUUGCACAUAUAGAUGGAUCCUACGAUACGGAAAUGGAUUCAUAUAAUAUAUUUUCAACGAGAACAACAAUGGAAUCCAUAGCUCAAAUAACCUCGCAAGAUUCAUUUUCUCAAUCCGUCAAAACACCACCGGAUACAUUUCAACCUACGAUGCCUAGAAAAAGAGAAAAAUCUCAGGAAUCAUUUUAUUCAAUUGGUGGUACGUCGAAACCCAUGGAAUCAUUUCAUCAUCAUCAGCAUCAUCAAAUGCCUAAAGCGAACACUUUAAGUCGUCAUCACGUAAAGACAAUCGAAGUUCCAAGGGUUCCGGAUACUUAUUCGAAAACAUUAAAUCGAAGCAAAUCGAAAGAACGUAAUUACGAACCUUUCAUGUUCAGAACCCAACAGCAACAACAACAACAACAACAACCACAUUUACAAUCCCAAUCACCAUCAUCUGAACAUAAUAAUAAAACAUCCGUGCCUGAUAAAAAUGAUUUGCUACCGGAUUUAAGCGAGGCUGGUUACAUGAUAACGGAGCUUUAA